AUGGUUCGUUCCCAGCCAGUGGUCAUUCCUCUAAGCAUCCAGGUGCCUCGUCGAACGCGAUGGACCAGAGUCAACCUAGAACUAGUGUUGGCUCGCCUACGAGACGCAGGGUUAACCUUGAACCCGAAGAAGUGCCGUUUCCUACAAUGCUCAGUCACCUUCCCGGGACACACAGUAUUGUCGAAUGGGAUGGCAGUCACCGAGGACCGUGCACAGCAAGUGAGGACAUGGCCUACGCCGACCGACCAGACGGAGCUCUGCAGUUUCCGAGGUCUGGCAAAUUACUACCAGCGUUUCGUAAAGGGUUUUGCUAAGAUCGCCAGGCCGUUACAUAAAUCAACUGAAAAGCAGGCAAGGAAGAAUUUUAAGUGGGAGAAAGAGCACGAUGAAGCGUUUAAAGAACUGAAGCGAAUGCUCUGCUCCGCUCCGAUCCUAGCAUUGCCAAAUUUCAAUUCGAGCGCUCUACCGUUUGUACCGGAUACGGAUGCAAGCGACGCGGCCGUGGGCGGUGUACUCUCACAAAAGGACAAAAAGGAGGAGAACACGUCAUCGCCUACGCGGGUACAAGGCUCAGUAAAAAAAUGA